AUGCAUUUGCCAUCUAGUUUCACAUUCGUUUAUACCACACUACUCGCCGGGAUCAACUGCGUCAACACUGCUGCUGGCCAAGAUGUGUCCGUACUAAGCAAUGAGGUCGCCAGAGCGAACAACCAAUCGCUACUAUGGGGUCCAUACAAACCCGGUUUAUAUUUUGGGGUUCAUCCUCGUAUCCCGAAGAGCAUAACCGCCGGGUUGAUGUGGGCAAAGGUGGACAAUUAUGCGACAGCACAAGGAAAUUUUAGGCAUACGUGCGAGCAGAACGAGGGUAUGGCGGGAUAUGGCUGGGAAGAAUACGAUAUCCGCACGGGUGGUCGACAAACCGUUCAUGAUACUGGCAACUCCAUCGACAUGACCAUUGACUUCGUGAAAGUCCCCGGAGGAAUCCAUGGAGGUAGCUGGGCAGCGCGUGUGAAAGGCGUUCCUCGAGAAGAUGCCCCUGCGAAUCUCUAUACCACGGUUGUUUUCUAUACAUCUCUUGAGGGUAUCGGCAGUGUGGAAGUCGACAAGGGUGACGAAGAUACUGCGGGUUUUGAAGGCGACGUGAAAUUGAAAGGAGUGACCCCAGAACUUGGAGACUUCCUAAUUGACGUUACUCGUGGUCCGGACACAAAUGAAUAUCCAAGCUUCACCCACCCUACCUUUGAUGACAAGCCUUUGGAUCGCACCUUUGUCUCCAGCUUAGAAAUGCCCCAGGAGCACUUGUGGCAAGCAAAAACUAUCAUGUUUGCAUCUAUGAAGCCCACUGUCGAUGCCAUUAUUGAAAAAUACGGAUCUGAUAAUCCACCGCCACCAGCUCAGCUUUUCACGCUCCCCAAUGUACCUGGCCAGGGAAAUAUUCACUUUGUGCAAAAGGUGUUUGAGGGCGCAUUUGAGUUUGAUAUCCUUUUUCAAUCUGGUUCCGCCCCUGAACCUGUAACAUCUGAGGUCCUUACAAAGCAGAUCGAGGAGACGUCAUUGUCUUUCUCAGACCGAUUCAAUAAGAUCUUUGCGCCACAGGUCCCUUUCAACAAGCCAGAAUAUUCCGAGUUCUCAAAGGCUAUGUUUUCUAAUCUCGUCGGUGGUAUUGGUUACUUCUAUGGUAGUGGUCUCGUUGAUCGAUCUGCUGCUCCUGAGUACGAGGAAGAGAACGAGGGCUUCUGGGCAGAGGCUGCAGAAGCCAGGUCACGAGUCCAACCUACUGAAGAAGAGCCUAGAGAAUUGUUUACUUGCAUCCCAUCCAGACCGUUCUUCCCUCGUGGCUUCCUGUGGGACGAAGGCUUUCACCUGAUCCCGGUCAUCGACUGGGAUACUGACUUGACUCUUGACAUUGUCAAAAGCUGGUUUAAUCUCAUCGAUGAAGACGGCUGGAUUGCGCGUGAGCAGAUUCUAGGGUUAGAAGCUCGCAGCAAAGUUCCUCCAGAAUUUACUGUGCAGUACCCCCAUUAUGCCAACCCGCCAACACUUUUCUUGAUCCUAGAAGCAUUUGUUGACAAGUUGAAAUUCAACGAGUCGGUUACUCGACACUCAGAUCUAGAACAGGAAAGUAUCUCGGACAGCCUUCGAUCUGCUCACCUUGAAAACCAGGAAUUGGCUCAGUCCUACCUGCGAUCUAUCUACCCACUUCUCAAAAGACAGUAUUUCUGGUUCAAAAAGACUCAGUGGGGUGAUGUCAGAUCUUAUGACCGCGAAGCCUAUUCAACAAAGGAAGCAUAUCGCUGGCGCGGACGUAGCGUUCAACACAUUUUGACAUCCGGCUUGGACGACUACCCGCGAGCACAACCCCCUCACCCAGGCGAGUUACACACUGAUUUGAUCAGUUGGAUGGGCCUACUCAGUAGGUCCAUUCGUCGAAUCGCGGAGGCAAUUGGCGAGACGGAAGACGCUGAGGAAUUCGCUGUCUACGAGUACGCUAUCACUCGCAACAUUGAUGAUUUACAUUGGGACGAGACUGCGCAGACAUGGUGCGACGCCACAAUCGACGAUUUCGAGGAAAGCAUUCACGUUUGUCACAAAGGAUAUAUUUCAAUAUUCCCCUUCUUGACUGGCAUGGUUGGACCCGAUAGCCCGCGCCUCAAAUCCACCCUUGAUCUUAUUCAGGAUCCCGAAGAGCUCUGGAGUGACUUCGGUAUUCGCAGUCUGAGCAAGCAAGACCCUUACUAUGGAACGGAGGAAAACUACUGGAGGAGCCCUGUUUGGAUGAAUAUGAACUACAUGGUUUUGAAAAACCUUUACGAUAUCGCAACUUCCGCUAGUCCUCACAAGGCACAAGCGGCAAAGAUCUACUCUAAACUCCGCACGAAUCUUGUUGAUAACGUUUUCCGAGAGUGGAAAAAGACCGGUUUCGCAUGGGAGCAGUACAACCCAGAAACUGGCCAAGGUCAACGAACCCAACAUUUUACAGGAUGGACUAGUUUGGUCGUUAAGAUGAUGACUAUGCCUGAUCUUUCCAAGUCCUCGGAUAGAGCUCAUGACGAGUUGUGA